UGAAAGAGGUCGCAGUUCACCAAAUAGCUCGCAACAUUAAUCUUCUGAAAAUAUAUAUUUCGGCUUUUGGUGUGAUUUAUAUCCAGUUCUGUAGCAAGAUAUUUUCGGAAUGACGUAAUUCGUUACAGCUCCAUUGGCUUAGCUCACCUUUCCUGUGGUGCAAUACAGUCCAGCCAUGGAUAAGAUUUUGGAAGCGCUGGUCAGCUCCUCCCAUCCUCUGACGGUCAAACGGGCUAUUGUGAAAAAAGUCAUGGAGGCUGCAGAAAAGGAAGUGACCGAGGAGCAGUGCCAGGCCUUGUACCAUCUCACCACCCGCCUUAUUCUCCUGGGCGAGGAUGCUUUUCAGCGACAGGUUGGCCUCCAAGUGCAAGAAGCGUACGCACGUUACCAUCGCGAUGAGUUUGCCCGCUUCUUCAGCAAGGAAUACGUACUUGUUCUCCUACAGCAGGGCUAUGGCUCUUUGGACCGCAGAGACCCUGCCAUCUUGGACUUUCUACACGGUUCCCUCCGACUGCUCAUCAGCUGCCCGGCUGUGUUGGAGUUGGCACCAUUGCUUCAGACGGAGGUCCUACGCAUCAUCUGUGAACGGCCAGAACCAGCAACUUGUGCCAAGCUGGCCACCAUACUGACAGACUUCCCUCAGUGCGUCCCUCGAGAGAAGGCUGGAGUUCUUUUCUGUCAGCAGCUUGUGCGCACCUUUGCGUAUUUCCACUGUCCUGCCACUGAAGAGCGGGAGUUGCGGGAGUAUGUGACUCAGGUGACCAGGGUGAGUGUGCUGCUGCAGGGCGUCUGGAAGGCCGAGCCGGCCACGCUGCUACCGUCACUGCAGGAGGUGUUUGCCAUCAUCUCAUCCACAGACCCUUCAUUUGAACCCUCCAUUGCUCUAGCAUGCCUGGUCCAGCACAUCCCUCUGCAAAUGAUCACAGUCCUCAUCAAAAGCCUCACCACUGACCAGAAUGUUAAAGAUGCCAGUAUGACACAAGCACUCUGCAGGAUGAUUGACUGGUUGUCCUGGCCUCUAGCCAAUCAUGUGGACACUUGGGUCAUUGCUUUAUUAAAGGGACUUGCUGCUGUUCAAAAGUUUACCAUCCUCAUAGAUGUCACACUGAUCAAAAUUGAACAGGUCUUUAAUCGUCUUUGGUAUCCUAUUGUGAGACAGGGAGCGCUGGUGGUUCUUUCACAUAUGCUGCUUAGUUUCCAGCACUCUCCUGAAUAGGAACUACCUAAACCUAAUGAGGAGAAGAUCAAAUUUGUUCUGAACCAAAGUGCCUGGACCUCUCAGUCAAAUUCAUUUGCCUCAGGCCUGCUUAAGAUCACAGGAAAAUCAGAAACGGGGAAGACGGGACUUGUGAAUCUGGGCAACACCUGCUACAUGAACAGCAUCAUCCAAAUUUUAUUUAUGGCUACAGAUUUCAGACGGCAUGUUAUGUCUCUGCAUUUGAAUGGCAGCAAUACCCUCAUGAAGAAGCUCCAGCUUCUAUUUGCCUUCUUGGCUCACACACAGAGAGCAGCAUAUUCUCCAAGGAGUUUUUUGGAGGUUUCUCGGCCACCAUGGUUUACAGCUGGAUCCCAGCAGGACUGCUCAGAGUAUUUGCGCUUUCUGCUGGACAGGUUGCAUGAAGAAGAGAAGACUCUUUCAGCCCUUCAGGUGACCAGCCCAAAACCUGAACCUGCAAACACUUCUGCUGAAACUCUUCAAGCUGCUGCAAGUCAGCCGGUCGCUGAUAUGCCAUCACAUCCAGAUCCUGUGGCAGCCAAUGGAGAUGGUCGCACUCUAGUGGAGCGUAUGUUUGGUGGUCGACUCUCUACAGCCAUCCGCUGCCUGCAGUGCCACAGCCUGUCAGAAAAAGAGGAGCCAUUUACAGACCUCUCUCUUGCCUUCUGCCCCUCGAUGUCCAAGUGCCACGGUCCCACCGAUGAGCACAAAAGCUCCUCCUCUGUGGGACCCUGCCAAGGGGCGGUGAAUGGAGGCAGUGAAUCCUCAGAGGGCUCAGUAAAAGAAGGUGCAGGAACUAGGAUGGAGAGGCCGGUGGUGGAGCCCACACUGUCUGCACCAGAUUUAGUUGACUACUUCCUGGCUCCAGAAAUCCUAGAGAAUGAGAACUGCUACUUCUGUGAACGCUGCGCCUCACUGCAGCGGGCCAAGAAGGUCAUGCAGGUGGUGGUGGCACCUGAGUACCUCAUUCUGACUCUGCUGCGCUUCUCGUACGAUGCCACCUGCCACGUCCGCCGCAAGAUCCUGGACAAUGUAGGCAUUCCGCUGCACAUGAGCCUACCUUUACGCCAACACGGUAUCUCCGCUUCAUCAUCCUCCUCAACUGCAGCUACAUCUUCCUCAUCUGACUCCCCCGACAGUGGUGAGAAUCUAGCUAAGAAGCUCAAGCCUUCUCAAAAGGAGGAUGGGAUGGUGGAAAACAGAAUAAAUAGUGAGACAAAUGACAGCGAUUCGGAGAUGCUGUCAGUGCCGUAUGUUUUGAGUUCUGUUGUAGUGCAUUCUGGGAUGUCCUCCGAGAGCGGUCACUACUACUCGUAUGGAAGGAAUGUGAGUAGCACUGAUGGUUAUGUAGCUCACCCAUGUCCUAAGACCCUGGAAAGCUCCAGCCUAUCAGAGAGCUCGACAGCCACACAGGAGGAAAUGGGAUGCGCUGAGCACAAGUCCAUGGACUGGUUCUUGUUUAAUGACAACCGAGUGUCUUUUACAAACUUUGAAUCAUUGCAGAAUGUCACCAGUCGCUUCCCUAAGGACACAGCCUAUGUCCUGAUCUACAGGAAACAAGAGGUCAGUGGACAACCAAGCAAUUCAGGGCCAGUUGUAAAUGGCUCAAGACUGAGUGGAGAGCCACCCCUGCAGAAAGAGCUGAUGGAUGCCAUUACCAAAGACAACAAACUCUUCCUACAGGAGCAGGAGCUGAAUGCCAGAGCUCGGGCUCUUCAAGCAACCUCUGCUUCUUGCUCAUUCCGACCCAAUGGUUCUGAUGACAAUGAUCCCCCUGGCAGCUGUGGACCCUCAGGUGGGGGUGGAGGAGGGGGCUUCAAUACCAUCAGCAGACUCGUCUUCUAAGGAAGAGUCACAGACAUACUCGGAGCACUGGACAGUCCCACUGACAACACCGGACUCCAUUUGUUUUGCCCUAAUUGCCCACAAUGUGGAUAAGUGUGCCACCUCAGAACAGAUGUCUUCAUUUUUCUGGUUUGCGUGCUUUUUCCCAUUUACAUUGACGUUCAUUUACAUUGACGUUCAUUUGAAAUUAAUUGAAGCACUUUGAGUACUAUAGGUCAGAAUGGGCAUGCAAUAAAUUUGUACAGAAUACAGUAAUAAUUACGUUCUCAUCCUGGAAUCUUAAUUGUUUCAGUUUCUAAACCGAAAUCAUUAGACAGAGAAUGGUUUUAAAAAUUCAAGCAAAUAUUUUUGGACCAUACGAUACAGUGAACUACUUGCAUGAAUAUUUUAAUUGGAAGUUUUUCAACUUCUGGUUUGAGGAUUACUGUUAUAUCUGUUUUGUCAAUUAUUUAAUUACAAUUAAGUUAUUUUAUUCAU